UCACUCCGCUGGCAUGGUUGAGAAGCUGACUUGAUUAUUGUGAUGGUGGCAGGCGACAGCCAGUGACUACACACUUCCGCCACUGCUUCCCAUAUUCACGUUUGGCUCCGUCUGGACUCUUGAUGUCUCACAACAGAAUUAAGCGACAUCCUUACCGGGAUUCCUUACAAACCAAUAACCAUAUGACAUGCAAGUUCACUCCGAAACUCCGGAACCCGUUCGGUUCAAGCAACAAAACUUUUUCUCUAAGGACAACACGGUAAAGCGGCUUGCGGACUGUUGCUGCUCGGCGGUGCCGUUGCUGUCUAUUUGACCGCUGUAUGAAUGCGUUCACACCGUCGCCGUAUUGUUGGCUUUCCGGUGGAGUUGUUGUGAGUAGCGGAGGGACGCUUCAUUGUCAAAGCCUCUCAUGUCGGCUCUUAUUUGUGAUCUGCGGAGCUUGUUUGUUUUUGAACUGUGUUGUGGAGGGAAGAAGACGAGGUCACUCUAGCGCUCGCAGCCACACGACUGCAAGGCUCGCUACCCUUUAAAGCCCCCAGUUGUCGGACGUCACCUCAGGGGCUGUUGACGCUCUGACCUACGGGCUCCAGCCUCAGCUGGCCAGCUCCUUGAGAACCGUCGCUGCGGAGGACGGAUAAGGGGUAGACGGUAGGUGGUGGAGGGGGCGGCGGGAGGUGGGAAAGGCAAGCUGGACGUUGGAGAAAAGUUCCUUCAAAAUAGCACCCACUCGGCCCAGUGAUGGGGGACUUCGCCUCCCCCGCUGCCGGACCCAACGGCAGUAUCUGCAUCAACAACAGCAUGAACCCGGCUGCCGGGAACGUGGUGCCUGCCGGGGCCGUGGGCAUACCUAAGCACAGCACGGUCGUGGAGCGUCUGAGGCAACGGAUAGAAGGCUGCCGGAGACACCACGUCAACUGCGAGAACAGGUACCAGCAAGCCCACGCCGAGCAGCUGGAGAUCGAGCGCAGGGAGACGGUCAGUCUGUACCAGCGGAGCUUGGAGCAAAGGGCCAAGAAGUCGGCCAGUGGGAGCGGCGGCAGUAAGCAACCGCAGAUCAAACAGCCGGAGUCGGACUCGGCCUCCUCCACGGAACAGAGGAAUAACACGCUCAUAGCGCUUCAGGAGACUGUAAAAAGGAAACUGGACAGCACAAGGUCGCCUCUCAAUGGAGACCAGAAUGGCAUCUGUGAUGGAGGCAGCUACUCACCGACAAGCAAACGAUUACGGAAGGAGGCUGGUGGUUUAGACUCACUAACUGGUCUUCCUAACAACAAUAACAGCAACCUUCCACCCAUCUCUCCAUUGCACCACCAAAUAGACAUUAAGCCUCUACUCAGCGGUCCAAACACUUCUACCGGAAACGGCACAAGCAGCAACGGUAAACAUGUAGGGCGGUCAGCAGAUGAGCUGGGGAAGAAUGGUGGCAGUCAUUUUUCAGACAUGAAAAUGAAUGGCUCACUGGACCUGGAGGACAGCUUUAGCCUCCUUAAAGAUCUGAAACAGGAGCCGCUAGACGAUGGAGCUGGAAUCGAGUCCUCGGAUCCCCAGUCUUUGUCCAAUCAGAACAAGCUCUUCUCCGAUAUCAACCUCAAUGAUCAAGAGUGGCAGGAGCUAAUUGAUGAGUUGGCCAACACUGUGCCAGAGGAUGAUAUGCACGACCUUUUCAAUGAGGACUUCGAAGACAAAAAGGAGCCCGACUUUGGUAGGCCAUCAAACAAUCAGACUCCAGGCCCACAAGAAACAGUUGGAAAUACGACAGCACCUGUAGGGGGCGCCGUGCCACCAACAUCCCUUCCUCCCUCCGCUCAACCGUCGCAGAGUGGUCCACAGGUGCCCACGGGUUCACCACAGGUUAGACCAUCAUCAUCAGGCCCACAGUUUGCGACCACUGCCAAUGGAACACCUCCUCAACAACCUUUGCAGCAGUCCCCUGCUGUUGCUGUGGCAUCAGGGUCCCCAUUACACAACUGUGUAGCUCGCUCUCCUCAGACCCCGACCCAGGCUCAGACGCAAGCAGUUUCACGGGCUGGCAAUGGAUACAUGAUGAAUCCAGGCCCAGGUGUUAGUCAAGCUGGCACUGGACAAGCGGGACCUGGGGUUGCCCCAGGUCAACCAGUAGGACCAGUCACACCUGAACUUUCCCAUGCAGAGCAACUAAAAGCAAUGGCUGCCCAGCAACGUGCUAAACUGUUGCAGCAGAAGCAACAGCAGCAACAAACAGCCAACUGGUCGCCAGCAGGCCCUCCGACCAGUCCUUACAAUGCUGGUCCCUUUAACCAAGAUAAACCCAACAGCCCCAUGAUGUACCCACCGCAAGCCUUUAACACAACUCAAACCCCUCUAGUGGCUGGGAUAACCCCCAACAACGGGCCCAAAGCCCCUAUGAACAACUACCUCCCGCACAAUCACAUGAGCUUGAUGGCCCAGCAACAGCAAAACAGUAUCGGGCCGAACACCCUGACCAAACAACAACAACAGCAGCAGCAGCAAACGGCAGCCAUUUUGUCAUAUAAUAACACUAAGCCGCUGAGUCACUUUAGCGGUAGUGGAGAUCACCGGAUGACCCCACCCAUGGGAGGGAACAGCCAGGUUAAGAACCCCAUGAUGCCUCCUUACAUGGCAGGUGGAGGCCAGGGGGCUGGGCCAGGGCAAACCCAGGGGCCAAUCCCUGGUCAAACAGCCCAUCUGAGUGAGGAGCAGAAAAGAAUGCUGCUGAUGAAGCAGAAAGUGUUGAACCAGAACAUUCCCUACAGCAACAUGCAGCCUCAUGGACAGGAACAAGGUGUAGUGGGUAUGUCUCGACCACCUGGCGCCAUCCCCCCUCCUCACCCUGCUGGUGGUGUGGCCUCAGGGGUGGGGCCCAACCAGGGGUCAGGUCCACCUCCGGGCUAUGUGGGUAACCAGCAACAGGCAGCCAUGAUGAAACAGAUGAUGGCAAUGGAGCAGGAGAAGAGGGUGCAGAUGCAUAUGAUGGAGCAGCAGAAGCAGCAGCUCUUCAGAGAGCAGAGGCAGCAACAGCAGCAACAACAACUACUGGCCGAACAGCUCCAACAGCAGCAUCUUCCAAGACAAUUGGGCCAAGGCCAGAGGAAUCCCUUCCCUCAAGUCAGUCAGUAUCAAGGUCCUCCUCAAGAUUUAGCAUCCAGGAGUCAAGCUCUUCAGAACAUUCGGGCUGCACGUCUUCUGCAACAGCAGCAGCAGCAGAACCAGCAGCAGAUGGUCCAGAUGAACUCUGUCCAAGGCCAGGGGAACUCUGUAGGACCCCAAGCUGACAUGGGCCUACCCUACAGCACCCAAGGGUCUAACCAGGGUUCCCUUUAUGGGCUCAAUCCCUCCAUGAGCCAAAUGAUCCACCAGCAGCAGCACCCGAGCCAAAGUGUUCAAGCCUCCCUCGGUCUUCCGCAGCAGCACAACCCAGCUGGAGGGCAACAGCGGCAGGCGGCCGCAGGUCCUGGUAUUGGAGGUAUGCCUGGGGGCCCUGGUGGUGGGGCUGGUGGCUACGGUGGACAAGGGAUGUUAAUGAACCCCAUGGCCCAGCAAUCACUCAAAGGCCCAACUAAUGCCAAAGCCCAAGCACAAAGACUGCAAAGUAUGCUGGGAGCAGGAGGUGGUGGCGGGCCGAUGGCCGCAGGAGGUUGGCCGCAGCAACAAGGACAGAGUUUACAAGGCAUGGGGGCGGGCGUAGUAAGGACUACAGGAGCAGGAGGUGACAGGGUUGGGUUCAGCUCCGCCCAGGGAUAUGGGAUGCAACCGGGUCAGCCCGCACGCAUGGCCAAACAACACUUUCAAGGGCCAGGCCAAGGGAUGGCUCAGGGGAUGGACCCAAGGGUAGGCAAUCCAGCCGCUGGUAUGGGUGGUCCAUUAGGCACUCACAUGGGCGGACAGCCAAGGACCAAUCAGUCCCGGCCCAUGGUCAUGACUCAAGGAUUGAACCCGGGGGUUAUGGGUCCAGGGGUGACUGGAAUGGCGGGAUUCGGGCCAGGCCCUGGGGGGGCGGGCUUAGGGGCCGGGGGUGGAGGAGGACCUUAUGGACCUGGGGUUGUAGGGGUCGGGAGUCAGACGCAGGGCUACCAAAGGACAGCUAAUCAGGACAUUUCCUCCUAUGGAUAUGGCGGUGGACCCUCCAAUGGAGGGGCCUUCGGAUUAGGGGAGGGAUCAGGAGCAGAGCUGGACUCAAGCGAUGGUUGGAUGGAUGAGUUUUUUCCCAGCCAAUAACAUACAAAAAAACUGGGGAGGAGUUUUUACUGGAUGUAGUAAACAUUUCAAGACACAAAAAGAGCCUGAUGUUAACUAGUGUCUGUGCAGAAUCCUAGUCAUCCAGGUUAUGGUGAAGUGCAAAAGUGGAGUUGUGUUAACUUGACUCUUGUUGGUUAUUGGGCAUUUGAUUUCCAAAAGGCUUCUUAAGUUAUAAUUCUUAAGUGCAUAGUUUCUCUAUUUGUGUGUCUGGUGGGUGGUGCCACUUGAGGGUUGUCACAUGAGAGCUGUUGAUGUGGCAGGGGUUACAAAUACAUGUCCCUUCUCUUUGAACCGCAGAGUGGGAAGCUGAAGAGGCUGCCGUCUUAAAUUUUACCAUACUUUUGCACGGCAGUUUCUUGGGCUCAGCACUCCAAACUACACUGCAGUGUGUAAACAUUUUAAACUGCAGCUGCAACCCUGACCCCACCAGAAACAUACAUACAGUGGGGAGAACAAGUAUUUGAUACACUCACAACGGGAAAACCCAUUGGCAGUGUAUCAAAUACUUGUUCUCCCCACUGUAAAUAUGAGAACGAUACACCUGAGCUUAUGAACUGAAGUAGCAUUUUGAUUCAAAGGUGAAAAUAUCUUGAACAACCACAAAGAGUCCGGCUGCUUCAAUUCAACUUCUGUGGCAUGUUCACUGAUGGAUGGCAUGUUUGUUCGGCGAUUUCACAAACGGGUUCAUGUGUUCCGUGUCUUUGUAUAAGCACUAAGUAUCAUUUUGUCAUGUGCAUAUUAAUGAAAACCCAUAUGAAGCUUAACAAAUGUGUUUUCCCUAUUCCCCCCAACGGAAAGAAUGAUUAUUUUCCAGUGUUUUUAAGCAAGCCCCGUUUACACAGCGUUUUGAGCAGCAGCUUCAACAGGGGCUGAUUGAACACAGCAGGCUGAUGAAGGGGAAGAAAAAGUUGCCCUCAAGACAGCAGUUUAUUUGUGUUUGUGCCACCCAGCUCAGUGCUUCAGAUCUCUCUACUGUGCGAGGAGCUGAGAAAGUACUCUCAAUUCUCCCAUUUCCUGUCUUCGAAAUGUGCCCCCCCCACACACACACUCCAACACACACAAAUAUUAUCCUCCAUUUCUCUCUCUCUCACACUCUUUUCAUUUGAUCAUUUUCUCUCAUCCCCCUCCCUCCGUCCAAUCAUUCCUACUCUUUCUCCAGAGAAUCAUUCCUCGCUCUCAACACUCCUUUCACUCUUGAAAUUGUGCACAUCACAACAGAACAAAUGAUGUUCAUCUCUUUCGCCACACGAGCGAGUCUCAGCCCUCGCCUGGUUUUGCGAGGCAACCGGCCUUUUUUUUUCUUCUUCCUGCUCCUGUGUGCUGUAGAUGAUGAGCACGCGUCUACAGUGGAAGAACACACAGAGCUAAAGAGAGAACAGGCAGCUGAAUAAAGUACACACAGGGGUGUCCAAACUACAGCCCGCGGGCCACCUGCGGCCAGCUGCCCAGCAAAUUAUAAAAAUAUCAUUGAAUAUGAUCCGCACAAGAAAGUUAAGCCAUCAUUCUGUUUCACUUCGCAGCUUUAAAAAGAGAUGGCGAUAGUCACUUAAUUAGUGCCUCUCCAUUAGCACAGGAGUCAAAACCUGACAUGUUGGAGUCAAUGUUGGGAACUGAGCAGAAUUUAAUUAAUUAAUUUUUUUACAUAAAUAAACUUUUCCAGUAGUGUAAAAAAAAAAAUCUGUAUCUGGACUUUUUAGAAUUUUUUAGAAUUACACUUUCCACAUCGCCAUGCACAAAUAUAGCACCGAGGAACGAUCCCUUAUUGUACAGUGGCACUUUGAGUCCCAUUUGUCAAUAUCUGAAACGGUUUUUGGUUGAAACAGAUGGGUUUUCUUUCAGGUUUCCCUCCAAUUCUCAUUCAUUCUCACCAAUGGCGUACUGCACGCAACAUGUCACUUUUGCUCAUUAAUAUUCAUGACUUUAGCAAUUGUUGCUAGGCGGGUCAAGCUCCCAUUUGUCCCUUAUGGUAAAUGCAUAUCAGUAGUGUACGAACGAGAUGUUUACUGAGCUAAACCUACCAAUUCUGUCCGAAAAUGAUGUCCCUGGUGCCAAAUUCACUGGUAAAGAUGUGGAAGAACAUACAAAUGUUCAGUUAAAGAGAUGGCUUGCGUGUCAAGGGCUGAAAAAGACGAGAAAAAGAGCCAACCUGAUCCAGAGGUAGCUUUUUUAUCAACGCCUUUUUCUUGCGUUCAUUGCCUUACGCCACUGACAAUGACAUUCGUCUGUUUCAUCAAACUAUCCUUUACCACCAUAUGCCCUGUCUUUCUUAUAUAUUAUAUCCUCUGGUUGUCUUAUGUCUCUGAUUAUUCUUGGAGGUAAUUUACAAUGCUAUUUUUGCGUAGCGAUCGCAAAUGCUACUCAGUGACAGACAACAAACACUUUUGAAUUUUUUCAUUAUUUUUCAAAUAAUUUAUUUACACUUCCCUCUACUAAUGUUGUUUCUUGACAACAGAAAAGGUAAAGCUGGCUAUAACAUGGCUAAUUUAUUUAAAUAUCCGUAUUUUUAGAAAAACAGGCCUACGUGACUGUUGUGAUAUAUAAAUGUUAGUCAAUGCAGUAGUACCACCUACAAGUAACUCUGUAGGAGGCCAUAUAAUAUGUAUACAGUAUGUAUGUCUACCUACAUUUGCAAUAUGGGAGUUUAAAUAAAUCGAUUAUUUGAUGCAUCGCGAUUAUUCACGUGACGAUUCGAUUACGAUUCAUAAAGGUUCAAAAAUGAUGAUUUUCUCUAAUAACUUUAUGACAGCCGCUCGUAGCGGAACAAAAUUCAAGACACGUCUGCCGCCCGGAUACAUUUAACGGACGCAUGCACAACGUUAUGAUGGAUGCUGCCAGUUACUGAGCAAGAGAUUUACUCCUUUUCAAAAGACUGGAAAAUAAAUUUGUGUAUGAGACAGGCAAGGACCCGGCAGUCACGCUUCUGUGCGCAAGUUAUUUUUUAGAGCGAGAGAGGAAGAGAGAUAGUUCGUUGCUACUUGUCUUUCAGUUGUCCAGUAGUAGGUUCAAGUCGUGUAAAUUGGAAAAAGUCCCUAGUGUUUUGCUAAAUCCCGUUUCCCUCUAUCAGAGGUGAGUACAAAAACCCUCUUGUACUGUUUAGCCUUUAUUGUUGUUGUUUUUGAGAUGUUACGAGUUGGCGCCGAGCGCUUUGCUAAUUAGCGACAUAACUUACUCCAGAUGUAGAACGUUUAAAACUAGGAUUAAGUACAGCGAUAAUCCUACAAACAUGCAAAAUAGUACAGAAAUCUGUGGAAACAAAGUAAAUUGGUUAUGGUCUUAUUUCUAAAGACACUUUGUUUGUUUACAGAAAAUGUGAAAUUCAUUCCAUCAGUGUAAAUUUAUUGUUGAGAGAAAUAAGUACUGCCUUUGAAACAGCUAAUGUUUUUGCACCUUCUCAAUACCGUGAUCAUCGUUUAGUAAUCAAAUCGUAGCACCCUGAAUCAUAAUCGAAUCAAAUCAUGGGGUGCCUAAGAUGGCACACCCCUACUUUGAAAUCUCCUCUGUAUUAACAGUCCUCCCCGUUCACUUCACUCUUCCUCUAUCCUCCACCUUUCCGUCCCCCAUGUCCGUCUCUCCGCCUCCGGUUCCAGAGCUUUAAGUCACUUGGGGAUUGUCAUCUGUAGGACCAUGGCUCUCAACAAAAUGUUUACUGCAUAUGAAGGUGAAUGACUUCAGCUUGCUGGCGUUAAACUGGUCUUUUGGAUGUUCACACAAGUUGAUCCAUUUUUCACAUUUUUCCUUUUUUUGGGGGGGGGGGGGCUUCGAGAAACGUAAGAAGAAAACAUCCUACAUAUGUCGUAAUGUCUAGAGUCGUUUCUACAAGUUCCAUAGCAGAGGUGUUUACUCGUCAAGUUCUUUUUUGAAAGAUUACCGGCAGAACACAAGCAGUUGUAACGUGGGUUUUAUGCCAGGGUGUGUCUAUGUUGACCCACAUCCAGGUUACGAUGGUGACGUCACGGUCUAAAAACGGCAUUCAUGCGGUACGCUAUUCUUGCUAUACUAGGCCUUCCAGAUCUGAAGAGAUCACAAACUGCAUCCUGCACCUUAAAACGUCUAACUAAUCCUCGAAUUGUGUUUUUGCUCGGGUUAUCUCUGGUAUUGAAAUGUCAACAGUAAGAAAUUGGGGUUUCUGAAAUUGACACUUUGGACUCAAAAAUCCACUGUACAAUGAGGGUUCGUGCCUCCCUACCAUAUCUACGCGUUGUGAUGUCGUAAGGCUAGCUCUAAAUGCUCUUUUUAAAAAUUAAAAGAAUAUUCAUAAACAAAAAAUGUUUUUUUUUUUCAUGUGUAACUCAUUAACUGCCAUUAAAUGCCAUUAAAUCAAUGUAAACUGGGAAGGCUGCCAUUGAUCAUGUUAAGCUGCCAACCCUUCCAGUCAAAUCUGAUUGGACGUCUAUCACCAUAAAUGGUAAACAAUCGGUUAAUACUUAUCAAUAAAAAAAAAAAAUUUCGUCUAAAGAAAACUGGCUUUUUUUUUUUUUUUUU